AUGCCCAAGAACAGCAAGGUAGUGAAAAGAGAACUAGAUGAUGAGGUCAUUGAGUCCGUUAAGGACCUGCUCUCCAACGAGGACUCUUCAGAUGAUGCCUUCAAGAAGAGUGAACUUAUGGUUGAUGAUCAGGAAGAAAAAGAUGUAGAUGUUGAAGAAGGCUCAGAUGUAGAAGAUGAAAGACCUGCUUGGAACAGCAAACUGCAGUAUAUUCUGGCACAAGUUGGAUUUUCUGUGGGACUGGGGAAUGUGUGGCGAUUCCCCUAUCUGUGUCAGAAGAAUGGUGGAGGUGCCUAUCUUGUGCCAUACUUAAUCUUGCUACUGAUAAUAGGAAUUCCACUCUUUUUCUUGGAGCUUGCUGUUGGGCAGAGGAUCCGUCGUGGGAGUAUUGGUGUGUGGAACUAUAUCAGCCCCAAACUUGGAGGAAUUGGAUUUGCAAGCUGUGUAGUAUGCUUCUUUGUGGCCCUGUACUACAAUGUCAUUAUUGGAUGGAGCCUGUUUUACUUUUCCCAGUCUUUUCAGCAUCCUUUACCGUGGGACCAAUGUCCUUUAGUUAAAAAUGCAUCUCAUACCUUUGUGGAGCCAGAGUGUGAAAAAAGUUCUGCAACCACUUAUUACUGGUACAGAGAAGCGCUGAAUAUUUCCAGCUCUCUGUCAGAGAGUGGGGGUUUAAAUUGGAAGAUGACAAUCUGCUUGCUGGCUGCCUGGGUCAUGGUAUGUUUAGCCAUGAUCAAAGGCAUUCAGUCUUCAGGCAAAAUCAUGUAUUUUAGUUCCCUUUUUCCAUAUGUGGUACUUUUAUGCUUUCUGAUCAGGGGACUGCUCCUUAAUGGGUCAGUGGAUGGCAUUCGUCACAUGUUCACCCCUAAGCUUGAAAUAAUGCUGGAGCCCAAAGUCUGGAGAGAAGCUGCUACUCAGGUGUUCUUUGCCUUAGGGCUUGGAUUUGGUGGAGUCAUUGCCUUUUCAAGCUACAACAAGAGAGACAACAACUGCCAUUUUGAUGCUGUACUGGUGUCCUUCAUCAAUUUUUUCACUUCUGUGCUGGCAACUUUGGUGGUGUUUGCAGUUCUGGGCUUCAAAGCCAAUAUCAUAAAUGAAAAAUGUGUUACACAAAAUUCAGAGAAGAUUUUAAAACUUUUGAAAAUGGGCAAUCUCAGCCAAGAUAUGAUCCCACAUCAUAUCAAUUUCUCAAGCAUUACAGCAGAAGAUUACAAUUUAGUUUAUGACAUUAUACAAAAAGUUAAAGAAGAACAGUUUGAUUCUCUUGGUCUGAAAUCUUGUCAAAUUGAAGAUGAACUUGACAAGGCAGUUCAAGGAACUGGUUUAGCUUUUAUUGCAUUUACAGAAGCAAUGACCCACUUCCCUGCCUCUCCCUUCUGGUCAGUUAUGUUCUUUCUCAUGUUAGUAAACUUGGGACUUGGAAGUAUGUUUGGAACCAUUGAAGGCAUUAUCACGCCCAUUGUUGAUACAUUCAAGGUCAGGAAAGAAAUUCUUACUGUCAUCUGCUGCUUGGUAGCAUUUUUUAUUGGCCUGAUCUUUGUGCAGCGCUCUGGAAAUUAUUUUGUGACAAUGUUUGAUGACUACUCAGCUACUCUGCCCCUGCUUAUUGUGGUCAUUUUGGAGAAUAUUGCAGUCAUCCGAAUUUAUGGAAUAGACAAAUUUAUGGAGGACCUGAAGGAUAUGCUGGGGUUUUCUCCAAGCCAGUAUUAUUACUACAUGUGGAAGUAUGUUUCACCAUUUGUAUUGUUAUGUUUGCUGGUAGCUAGCAUUGUCCAAAUGGGAUUAAGUCCUCCUGGUUACAAUGCUUGGAUUGAAGAUAUGGCUAUGGAAGAGUUCCACAGCUAUCCAACAUGGGGAAUGAUUGUCUGUUUAUCUUUGAUGGUGUUGGCCAUACUGCCAGUCCCAAUAGUAUUCAUGGUACGCCGCUGCAACCUUAUUGAUGACAGUUCUGGCAGUUUGGCAUCUGUAUCCUACAAAAGAGGUCGGAUAAUAAAGGAACCUGUUAACCUGGAGGGAGAUAAUACAAGUCUGAUUCAUGGGAAGAGCCCAAGUGAAGUGCCGUCUCCAAAUUUUGGCAAAAACAUCUAUCGAAAACAGACUGGAUCACCGACUCUGGACACGGCUCCAAAUGGACGUUAUGGCAUUGGCUACCUGAUGGCAGAUAUGCCUGACAUGCCAGAGUCUGAUCUGUAA